AUGCCGGUAAAUCACGGGCAAUCGUCGUAUCGAGAUCGGACGAACGAAUUCUUCGGUAUCGCUGAGACGCUGAGGAAAUCGAUUGCUCCGGCGGCGAGUAAUGUGAGUGGUAGGAGCGAUGGCGCUAGAAGAGACGAUCCGAGAUCCGACUUGAAUAUCCAAUCGGAGUUCAAAAGGAGAGCUUCUAAGAUCGGUAGUGCCAUCUACCAGACGUCGCAGAAGCUAUCGAAGCUGGCUAAACUGGCAAAGAGGACAUCGGUUUUUGACGAUCCCACUCAGGAGAUACAAGAGCUGACGGCGGUGAUCAAGCAAGAGAUCUCUGCUCUAAAUACCGCUCUGCUCGACCUUCAGGCUGUACGCAGCUCCCAGAACGAUGAAGGGAACGUCUCUAAAGACACGACUAUUCACUCAGCAACAGUCGUCGACAGUCUAAAGACUCGCCUCAUGGACACUACUAAAGAGUUUAAGGAUGUUCUUACCAUGAGAACCGAGAACAUGAAGGUCCAUGAAAACCGAAGGCAACUUUUCUCUUCAAACGCUUCGAAAGAAUCCACAAACCCGUUCGUUCGCCAACGCCCUUUGGCUUCUAGGCCUGCUGCUAGUCAACCUGCUCCUCUUCCAUGGGCAAAUGGGGCUUCUUCAUCUUCAUCAAUGAAACAAGGAGAGGGCGAAUCUUCACCAUUGUUGCAGCAGAGUCAACAGCAACAACAACAGCAGCAGCAGCAACAGAUGGUCCCAUUGCAAGACACGUAUAUGCAGAGCCGUGCAGAAGCUCUGCACAACGUCGAAUCAACAAUCCAUGAGCUAGGCAGUAUCUUCACACAACUAGCAACUAUGGUUUCACAGCAAGGAGAGAUUGCUAUCAGGAUCGAUCAGAACAUGGAAGAUACAUUAGCGAAUGUGGAAGGCGCACAGAGCCAAUUGGCCAGGUAUCUCAACAGUAUAUCGUCAAACCGAUGGCUGAUGAUUAAGAUUUUCUUCGUACUGAUUGCAUUUCUCAUGGUUUUCCUCUUCUUCGUGGCGUAA